CUUGAGACCAUUGUAACUAUUUAGAAGUUCAAGUUGGCUGAUAUAAAACCUCCAGUGACUUCAAUGGAUGCCAUUCAAGGCACUCAUACUACAUCUACCCGAUUCCGAUGACAUCGGCUCGCACGGGCCACUCCCAACCCACCGAAUUAUCCAAACCGUCACUCCCUUCAAGUCACCCAAGAUCUCAAUCACCUAACCAACCAACUACGCAGUUCACCCUCGCAAAUCAUCUUCGCUUGAGCACCGCCGCCCGGCGCGUUUCUACUAUCCAAUCCAGCAUCCAGACGCUCAUUCCAGUCAUUCAUUCGCCUUGCUCUUUUUUCACCACGGCCCGACACUUCCGUUUAUAAUCAAGCCGUUCCAACCUCCACCACCACCACCACUACUACCGUCAUUGAACAUCUCUCCUGCGCCUCCACCUCUAAUCCGCCGAUCUGAUCAGCACAAAUGGGUAUCUGCGCCUCAUGUCUAGGACGUAAUCGUCGGGAACCCCACGAUCCCAACCAUCCCGAAUCCUCUCGCCUCCUCGAUGAAGACAUCUACCAACCGGGCUACGGCUACGGCGCCCUUAACCAAAGCGCCCAAGGCAAUCACCCAGACCCUAGCUACCUGAAGCGCGAACGAGAAGCCCUCGAAGCAAUCUGUCAACGAACAUCAGACUCCGUCAUCGACAUCUGGUCCCUCCAACCCCAACCGCACCUCCAACCUCGCGCCACCCUCCCCAGCACCGUCCCCCCUCCUUCAUCCUCCGAUGGCGAUGCGCCACCCGUCAAAGUAAUAACAACUGACUCGCCACCGGCUCGCUCAAAGAAACCCUCCUCCCCGGCUGCAAAGGCAGGCGGCACGGUCCCGAAACACUGGGGCGAAGUGGUGAUAAAUACGCGCAAGAAUCGGUCGCGGCCGGGGUCGAGUACGGAUGAAGACGGUGCUGCUAAGAGGGAUGUAUUCGGAGUGUUGAAGGUUACAUGAUUACUGUAACUAUUUAAAAUGGGGCGGAAAGUGGCAGAAGGCAGCAGGUCAAAUGUGAUAGGUACCGUGUGGUGUUGUGUUAUGGGGAGGGGGGCUGGCUACUAGGAUGGAUGGAUGGAUAGAUGGACGAACGUGACGGAACGGACGUGACAGCACUUAUCGCACUUGACUUGACUUGACGUGUUUGACUGAUGUUUUUGUUAC